AUUUGGAAAAAGUGUAUUUAGAAGUGCAGUUACCUGGGGCAGGGGCUGGUGGGGGGAAGUAACAUGAGGUGUGGAAAUAUUGAAACCAAGGAUACAUCAGAAUGGAUCCCACGAAGAACAUAAGAAAGGACAGUUUGGCAUUAUCGUUAUGGAUCGCUUCCGACACCGUGCAGGAAAUGGCAAUGAGCAGGCGCCUUCACGAGAGCGCAGCCACGGCGAAGGCGAGAGACAGCGGCAGCUGGAGCGCCUCAGCAGGGAGGAGGCCUAUUACCAGUUCAUUAACGAGCUCAACGAGGAGGACUACAGGUUAAUGAGGGACCGAAACCUGCUUGGCACUCCUGGAGAAAUAACAGCAGAAGAGUUGCAGCAGCGUUUGGAGGGGGCUAAGGAGCGUCUGACAUCACAGUCUGAUCUGGAUAACAGAGAAGGUGAAGGUAGAACUGUUGGAGAUUCUGAAGUUCUCAGGGAAAACUCCAACGGUGACUCUUUGCUUGAAUGGCUUAACACAUUUCGUCGCACAGGAAAUGCCACUCGCAGUGGACAGAGUGGGAACCAAACCUGGAGAGCUGUGAGUCGAACGAAUCCAAACAGUGGGGAGUUUCGCUUUAGUCUUGAGAUCAAUAUAAAUCAUGAUAAUAACAGUUCUGAAACUUCCGGCGAGGAGAAUGUUGAUAUAGAUGCUACCAGACUGUACGUAGAAAGAAGACGUCAGCUAGUUGCCAGUUCAGUAGCCCCACGGACGAGGAGCAUGGCUGCAAGAGAGGCAAACAACGAAGCUGCAAGGACCAGGCUUUUAAGGCGUGCCAUGGCAUUAAGGUCAGAAAUAGUCUCUCACGCAGUUUCAGAGAGGCUCAGGAGUAGAACGAGGGAGCUGACAGGCCAGACAAAUAAUACUACACGAAAUAAUUCUGUGGCUGCUGGUGAACCAAGAGAAAUGCCAGAAAGAGGUAAUUCUGCAAGAGUCAGAAGGGGUAGAGCUAGAGCUAAUGUCCAGAUGAAUACAAACCAAAGACUAGAAAUUUUGCGGCUGAGGUCUACCUUAAGUAGUCGAAGCCGCUCCCCGCUGCAAAGGCAAGGUGAUGCUGCUCCUUCUGAGGAACGUGGUCAGGGGCAGGAUAGAAAUGCACAGCAAGUCAACAGAAGUAGGAGACAAACAGCUCAGGCUUCUCCACAGCCUACUGAAGAGCAAGCAAGAGAAAACACUCAGACUCCCCAGCUUUCCAGUGUAGCGCCAUCCUUAGGAAUAACUUUGGAAGAGGAAGAAUCUAGUAGGCCAGUAGCUGCUGUCAGAAGGCACCCAACAAUUACACUAGAUCUUCAGGUGAGAAGAAUUCGUCCUGGAGAAAACAGAGACCGGGACAGCAUUGCCAGUAGAACUCGUUCUAGAGCAGGAAUGUCAGAAAACACGGUUACCUUUGAAAGUGACAGUGGGGGAUUUCGGCGCACGAUAUCCCGAUCAGAACGCGCCGGUAUUCGGACCUACAUUAGCACUAUACGGAUACCUCUUCGUCGGAUUUCAGAAACUGGGCUUGGGGAGCCUUCAUCAGUGGCUCUUCGAUCAAUCCUUAGACAGAUAAUGACAGGCUUUGGAGAACUGAGUUCUUUAAUGGAAACUGAAUCUAAUUCAGAAGUGCAAAGAGGCGGUCAUCACUCAGCAGAUGCACAGAAUAACUCAAGUUCAGCAAACAGCAGUGAUCCAAGUGGGAUUUUGUCUAGAAAUGGAAAUGCAGUAGACAGCAGCAGGGAAAGAAAUGGGCAGAGGGGUGGUAGUCAACGUUCUGGGCGCAAUCGUGAGAGCCAAGAUAGCAGGCAGUCUCAAGAUGCAAACAGCCUGGUGGAGAACGGAACACUGCCCAUCCUUCGACUUGCCCACUUCUUCCUGCUGAAUGAAGAUGAUGAUGAUGAUGAUCGUUUGAGAGGUUUAACCAAAGAGCAGAUUGACAAUCUUUCUACACGGAACUAUGGGGAUGUUCACACUGAAAAUGAAUGGAGUAAAACAUGCAGUGUUUGCAUUAAUGAAUAUGCAACAGGGAAUAAACUAAGGCAGUUACCUUGUACACAUGAGUUUCAUAUUCAUUGUAUUGACCGCUGGCUUUCUGAAAACUCCACUUGCCCAAUUUGUCGGCAGCCAGUUCUGGGGUCUAAUGCCACAGAUAAUGGCUAGACCUGUUUGUACCUGUUCAGCACUCAAGGAUUUUCGCCUGCUCUGUUAUAAGCCAGAUGAAAUUCAUUGACUUAGAUAUGGGUCCAUUUGUGGGGGGCGUUUUGUUAAAUUUCUUUAAAAAUUAUAGAAACUUCUCUAAAUCUAACAAUGUAAAUACUAUUUUUUCCAAGUGCAAGUCUAGGGGCACACAUAGAACCAAAUGAUAUUGGUAAAGUUUAUAUUUUUUUAGGUAAUUUUGUUAUGCUAAGCACUUUUGUAAAUACAGAAAUGCAAUAGUUAAUCAGUCCUGCUUAAUGUAUGUUUUUUAACAUUGUAAUGGACUCGCUUUAUUUAGAUUACAAAUUGUUUCACACAGACCCACCACUGUGUUGAAAAAUUAGUGGCUGAAUAGCCAUUUGUUAGCUUUUUGUUCUAAGAACAAUUUCUUUUACAGAGAGUCUCUUGCUGGACAUGUUUGCUAAAGAUAUUUAAGUUACUUGAAGUGCUCAUUUUAAUAGACUUUUUUUUUUUAAACAUUGAAAUAUCCUUUCCAAAAACUUGCCAAUUUGGUUCUACUUUAAAGAUUCUAUGGCAAUUUUUGCAUGUGGGUUUACACAGUUCUUAACGUUGACGAGUUCUUAUUCAGAAGUGGAUGAGUUAGUGGCAUUAUGAAAUGUACAUAAUUAAAUGCUGUCUUUGACAAUCUUUGUCUUUUCAGUGCAGACGGCAAUCAAAUCUGGUAAUUCCAAGAGGGUGUGUCUUACUUGCUCAAAGAUUAAAUGAGCACUAAGGAAGCAUUUUUACUCUUCCAAAUUUAUCAAUCAAUAUUCCUGGGGUUUUAACUGCCUUAGUUUAAAGAGGGGAAACAUUUCCUUGGCCAUUAUAUUGUCUAUAAUAUGCAUGUUUUGGGCAUCCUACGCAGAAGAACAAAACAAAGACUUGAAAUGCUUUUGUACAGAAAUUUAAGGUACACAUGUAGUGUUAGUCCUCUUGAAACAUGCCUGAGGACCAAGUGGUAAAAGACACUAAAAAGGACAAAAUAAGCUUCCCUGAAAACCCCCAGUAUCUGUAUAACUAGAUAAUAAACUUUUAUACCAAUGAUUUAAACUGAA